AUGGCGGGCAAUACUCGCCGGCGCAUCACAUUGCCGGACCCUUCAGCGGAUGAACGCCGUCCUUUGUUACCGAGUAGGCUCAGUACUGGCGUCGGCCCAGAGAACCGCGAAGCCCUGUAUAGCUGCAUGACAGACCCCCAUAGCCAUUUGCCCGUGUAUACCAACAUUCACCGUAUCCGUCGCGAUAUCAUCAGCGUCGUUGAGGAUUACCUGAGCCUCGCCCAGCUGCAGGACCUGAGAAUUAAUGUGACAGUCGUCCGGCCACUGGUUGAUAAGUUCUUUGGCCUCAACGACAUUUCUAUCAUCUACUGCUUGCUGGUCAAUCGUGCACAGUUCCUGGAUGAGCAGUCUCACCUGAACAAUCGCCACAAUGUUAACUUCACUCGUGCCACUCUAUGUGAGCUCAUUGCUACGCGCAUUCUACGCCGUUUUGGUGAAAUGCACGAUGACGGCCACGACGGCCUCCUCUUACUCGCUCAUAUCCUCGUUGCAGGCUUUGAGCCCUUCCAGAAUGCCCCUGACGAGAUUCGGGACGAGGCAGAAAGGACAACUUCCUGGGUUGAUUAUAAGACACUGCCCUCUUUAGAGAUUGCCAUCGUCACAGAGAGCAAGCACUUCCUUAGCUCGGCGACUUGUGAAAAGGUCGUCAACGCAAUCUACGAAGGUCGAAUUGUUUAUACUCCUUCGACGUUCUGGGACAUCAUUCCUGAUCAUUACAAGCUGAAGCCCAUUUCUAUCUAUGACCCUCGCGACUCGCCCCUCCUCAACCAGUACCGUCUGAUCGUCCCUCGUACCCGAAAUGUUCUUGAGUCCAUCCAGUUCGCCACGCUGCUCGCUCUCUACGUUGCGGUCAUGGUUCUUAGAAGGAAGAACCACUAUGGGCCAACUGAAGCUGCUUUUUCCAUCUUUGCCUUUGGAUGGGGAUUGGAUCAGUUUGCUACCAUUUUGGCACACGGAUGGAACGUGUAUACCCAAAACCUCUGGUCGUUCCUCGAUGUGACCUUUAUCUUCAUUUACUGGGGAUAUCUUGUCCUACGAUUCCUAGGUUGGAAAUUGGGCGACACCAACUUGGACGAGCAAGCAUUUGAUGUGCUUGCGCUCGCAGCUCCCGUACUAGUUCCACGUCUAGCCUUCAACUUGCUCAGCGACAACUUGGUGUUUUUGUCUCUCAGGUCAAUGGUAGCCGACUUUUUCUUCCUCACAGCCCUCUCCGCCUGGUGCUUCUUGGGCUUCUUGCUUUCUCUACUUUGGCUUGGCGAGGGAGCACACCCUAUUCUGACAAUAUCGAAAUGGAUGAUAUACAUUUGGUUUGGAUUAGAUGGCACAGGUAUCCAACGAUCGACUGAGUUUCACUGGCUGCUGGGACCCAGCGUCAUGGUUGCGUUCGCUUUCUUAGGCAACACCCUCUUCCUUACCAUCUUGGUCUCCAUGUUAUCCAACACCUUCAGUAACAUCUCGUCAAACGCUAUACAAGAGAUCAGCUUCCGACGAGCUGUGCUCACCCUCGAAGGCGUGAAGGCCGACGCCGUGUUUGCAUACCAACCCCCCUUCAACAUCCUUGCUGUGUUCUUGUUCGUCCCUCUCAAAUUUGUUGUAAGCCCGCGCUGGUUCCACAAGAUUCACGUUGCAGCCGUCAAGAUCUUGAAUCUGCCCCUGCUUCUUAUCAUCGCCGUUGCUGAGCGUCGUCUGCUCUGGCCUGCCCAUACGAUUGAGGAUCCUAGCGAGAUCAAAGCUCCGCCGCCGACCAAGAGCCAGUUCUGGAAGAAAUGGCGGUUGACGGUCCAUCGAGAUCUACGUGCUGUGUUUCAAGUCCCGCCACCUGACACCGUACACGACGAUAUCGCUGUCGACGAUGACCUCACUCACCAUCUCAUCCGUCGCCAGUUCACGCGCGGAGCUACAAAUGAGAUAGAACCGCGGAAUCCGGAACCCCAGGCUCACGCUCAAUCUCGUCCUGAUCCUGGAGGCCGACGCCCAUCGAGACGAGACUCCAUGUUCCCAGGGAUUCCACCACAGAAAUUACGUGGAUCUUUCUCCGAAAAUGAUAUGUUUGAGGGGACAUCAGAUCGAUUGGCUAAAAUGGAAAAGUCGAUACGGCGCAUGGAGGCUAUGCUGUCGCGCCUAGUACCAUCUAUUGAUGACGCCAUCAGUGACUCGGAGCUGGAGGAGAGCGGCACAUUGAGAGGGGAGAACACGGCAGAGUCCUCAUUUAGAAGAGGUGAAGACCAAGAGUCAUGA